AUGCAGAGGCAGCCACACCACCGCACUGCCGCCCACUGCGCCUGUUUCGGGUCGGAGAGCCUGUCGCCCGCCUAUCCAAAGCUCAGCAUCCAUCCUUCCCUACUCCCCCCUCUUCACUCCCCAAAUCCCAUCUCCCACCAGUUCCCCCAACACUCUCCCCCCUCUUCCGCCAUGGUCAUGGACAAGUCCAACCUCCCACAGCCGCCGCCGCCGCCUCCCUCCUCCGCCUCCUCCUCGCUCAAGUCCCUCAACAAGGCCUCCUACAAGAUCUCCAAGCAGUCGUCCUCCGCCUCUCCCGCUCCUGCUCCGGCUCCCGCUUCCACCAUGAGAGCGCCUUCCCCGCCGCCGCCGCCGGCUCCCCGGCCACCCCCACCGCUCCCGCCGACGCAGGCCCCCUCCUUCCCUGCCGACCACCCGCCUCCCCAGCCCCCGGUAUACAACAUCGACAAGUCCAACUUCCGCGACGUCGUGCAGAAGCUCACCGGCUCGCCGUCCCACCUCCUGCCGCCGCAGCCCGCGGCCGCCCCCGCCCCCACCCGCGCCCCCCCUCAUGGCGCCACCACCCCGCCUCCCAUCAUGGCGCCGCCGCCUCCUCCUCCGCCUCACAUCAUGGCGCCUCCGCCGCCGACGGCGAUACCCUCCCGCCUCCACCGCAUCCGCCCUCCGCCGCCAGCCCCCGCCGCGCCCGCCGCCCAUCCUACCGCCGGCACCGCCGGCGCUCUCCCCCUCCCGCCGCUCCCGGCCGUCUGCAUGACCGCGGAGUCGCCCAUCUCCGCCUACAUGCGCCGCCUCCGCGGGAUGCCCUCGCCGAUCCACGCGCCCACGUCGCCGCUCGGCUUCGGCUGCCUGCCCUCGCCACGGACGCCGCCGUCGCCCGGCGUGCCCAUGCCGGCCACCAGUCCCCGCGUCCGCGACCCGUGA